AUGGAGUUCUCGGAACUGAUCCGUACUGCCCGGGCAGAGGCGCUUCUCCUGCCUGGUCCUGGACAGUCUCCGGUGAGGGGCACUCUGUGUAUCACCAGCCACCACCUGCUGCUGUCUGCGGGGCAGGAAAGCCCUAGCGACCUGUGGCUGCUCUUGCGCAACGUGGAUACGGUGGAAAAGCGGGUGGCGGGAAACUCAGGCACCAUCACCCUGAAGUGUAAGGACCUGCAGGUUCUGCAGCUGGAGAUCGAAGGUUUGGAGGAGACGCUGGACAUCGCCAGCUCCAUCGAGGCUUUGUCCUCGCUGGAAUCUGUCAGCACUUCCUAUCCAUUCUUCUACAGGCCCCAGAGCCUGAGGCUGGGAGAUGCCGAGGACCUGUACCCCCCGGACCACUUCUAUCGGCGGGUGGCUCUCGAGACAGACGCCUGGCGCCUGAGCACAGUCAACAGGGACUUUCAGGUGUGCGCCAGCUACCCGCCUGCCCUGGUGGUGCCCCGCGGGAUCGGGGACGAGGUCCUGGCACGGAGCGCCCGCUUUCGCCAAGGCGGCCGCUUCCCUGUGCUCAGUUACUAUCAUAGUAUCAACGGCACAGUGAUGCUCCGCUCCAGCCAGCCCUUGCAGGGGGCCAAUCGGCGACGCUGUGCAGAAGACGAGGAGCUGCUGCGGGCAGCUCUGGCCCUGGGCGGUCAUCAGGGCUUAGUCUUGGACACCCGCUCGGCCCAGGCUGUCAAGCAGGCCCGAAUAACCGGGGGUGGCACGGAGGCCAAGGCAGCCUACCCGGGCUGGAAACGGCUGCACCGGCCCCUGGAGAGGGGCCGGCCCCUGCAGGACAGUUUUGUGCGUCUGGUAGAGGCCUGUACAGAUCCCUCCCUGAGCAUGGACCGCUGGCUCAGCAGGCUGGACGGCUGUCAAUGGCUGACACACGUUAAGGAAGCACUGACCACUGCCUGUCUGGUGGCCCAGGGCAUGGAUAGGGAAGGGGUCUGUUUCCUGGUCCAUGGGGCUGAGGGCACCGAUGCCACCCUCCUUGUGACCUCGCUGGCACAGCUCAUCCUGGAUCCCAAAUGCAGAACGACGCAUGGCUUCCAAAGCCUGCUGGAACGGGAAUGGAUCCAGGCUGGCCACCCUUUCCAGCAGCGCUGUGCUCACUCGGCCUAUGCCCAAAGUCGCCCCAAACAUGAGGCGCCCACCUUCCUGCUCUUCCUGGACUGCGUGUGGCAGCUGAGCCGGCAAUUCCCACUUUCCCUGGAGUUUGGGGAAGGGAUGCUGCUGGCCUUGUUUGAGCACGCUUAUGCUUCACCCUUCGGCACCUUUCUCUGCAACAGUGAGAAGGAAAGGUACUUGUGUGAAGUGAAGACAAAGACACACUCUUUGUGGUCCAGUAUGAACCAAUCAAAGGAACGACAAAGAUUCUGUAACCCCAUCUACUCACCCAACCCCCUGGCCUUAUGGCCUUCAGUGGAGCCCCAGAGCCUUCAGUUGUGGGCAGGUAAGAUGUCCCUCCCAGUCCCCCUGCCAGCCCUCAGUACAGGCUCAGCUCUAACUAGCUUCAUCCUCACACCCAAUUCUAGGCCUUUUCCUCCGAUGGACUCGUCCACCUGAGCCUGUCCAAGAGGCGUGGACACAGCUCUGGAAAAUAGUGACAGAGAAAGAAGUGGUGGACACCUUUUGAAGCCUCCAUCCUUGAGCACAGGGGCACUUACUCUAAUGCCCACUUCCAGCCUUUGCUUCAGACUUUUCAGGCCCCAGGGUCCCUAGCUGGCAGCCUAGAAGACUGAAAGCCCAAGCAGGGACUCUAGCAGCUCCAAGGCUAAGCUGCAGGUACUCCCAACCUUUUUACUUCCAGGGCCAUGAAGUAGAGGAAAAAGCUGACAAUAAAUGGACCUGUGCUUA